CUUUAUAAGGCGCGGAGUUUCCGCGUCCUGUGACUGCGGUCAGGUGGUUGUAGGGUUUCCCUGUUUUCUUUUCUCUGUCUGUCGCGGGCCGGCUCUGCGGUAGCGUUGGUGGAGGUGAAUUCUCGGCUGGGAAAGUUUGCGGCGGAGCGCCGCAGUCCCGGCAGCGCUGCCGGGCCGUGCAGGCAUGGCCGGCGGGGAAGGGCCGGUGUCCGGCGUGGCAGAGAGCCGGGAGCACCUCUUCAAGGUGCUGGUGAUCGGGGAGCUGGGCGUGGGCAAGACCAGCAUUAUUAAGCGUUACGUGCACCAGCUCUUCUCCCAGCACUACCGGGCCACCAUCGGGGUGGAUUUUGCUCUCAAAGUCAUCAACUGGGACAGCAAGACCCUGGUGCGGCUCCAGCUCUGGGAUAUUGCAGGCCAGGAGCGUUUUGGAAAUAUGACAAGAGUGUACUACAAAGAAGCAGUUGGUGCUUUUGUGGUCUUUGAUGUCACAAGAGGUUCCACGUUUGAGGCUGUUUCAAAGUGGAAACAUGAUUUGGACAGUAAAGUACUUCUUCCCAAUGGCAGCCCCAUCCCUGCUGUUCUUCUUGCAAACAAGUGUGACCAAAAGAAAGAUGGCAGCCAGAAUCUUUCUCAAAUGGACCAGUUCUGCAGAGAAGGUGGCUUUAUUGGAUGGUUUGAAACAUCUGCCAAGGACAACAUCAACAUAGAUGAAGCUGCUCGAUUCUUGGUGGAAAACAUCCUUGCCAACUACAAAACCUUUCCUAAUGAAGAGAAUGAUGUGGGGAAACCAAAACUGGACCUAGACCCAUUGAAAGCAGAGAGUAAAUCACAGUGCUGCUAAUGCUACCACUGUUCGACAAAUGUGAUGGAAUGAGCAGCAAGACUGUUCCUUAAAUCAAACUGCUGCUAUGGUGCUGCAUUGUGACAAUCCAUAUGGGGUGUCUGGUAUUAUCUGAACAGGUGAUUCUUGUGGGUGUUUACAUACUCAGUUUCAUGCUAAACAGGAGUAUCUUGUGAGUUCUCACUCCUCUUGCUUGAGUGGCUUCAUCUAAAUCUGGUUAGUUGCUUACUUGAGAACAUAAGGUAGUGUUUACACUCCUAAAAAAGAACAAAGACAACAUUCAGUGUCUACUUUGCCUUCUAGGAUAUGCUACAUUCCAAAUAGGACUCACUCAUGUCUUUAGCUGAACAGACACUUGCACCUCUACUGAAUAUUCUUUUCGUCACCAAUAAUGCCCUACUUUAGCUUGACUUCUCACCUAUAUACACUUGUACCUAUCUGUCUCCUUGCUAGCUCACUUGGAUCAAGAUGUUAUGUUAAUCUUGAAGGGGCCAAUAUCAUCAUUGGUGUGUUCACGAGGAUCAGGUGGAGUAGACUGCUUUCACCUCUGUGUAAGAACAAGAUAGGUAAAGGUAAACGAUUGUAUUUAAUGGAAAGACACUGUUACAUGGGUACUAACAAAAAUACAUCUUCUGCUAUUUAAAGAAUAUUACUUUCAGCUAAUACUUUACCUGUGAAACACAUUAAUCAAUACAGUUGCAUUUCUGCCAUUCUUAUAAUAAUUUCACUUGUAUGCACAUCUAGAAAUAUCCAGAAGUCUUUUCAUGCACUAACACCAAAAACUUUAGCAAGGCUGGGUAAAAUAAAUAUCUUGCUGUCCUGUGACAAUGAACUUCCUACUUUUUCCUUUUUUUUUUUUUUUUUUCUCCUGGAGAUGGUUCUGAAUACUUUGAAUAAGAAUAGAUGCUUUGGAAGAAAUAAUUCAACUGGAUCUUUGUAGCUUGUCAAAAAUCCCCCGCCUCCUUUUUUAAUUUUAGAACAGUGCUGCACUCUUCUGACUACUCAGUUUGUGAACUGGCUUGCUUACCAGCUUGUAACUGUUCAUGGAGAUGCUUGCUUCCUUGUUAUAACCCAGGUUUUUCUGGCAGCAAAUGAAGAUUAAAAGGAAUAGAGAACUUCAGUUCUUGGCUAUUUUCUUGUAAUUUUGGCUCUACUAGGCUGAAAUGCUUCAGAGCUCCUUGUAAUUUUAAAGGGUUUCUUCUGUCUUGGUACCUCACUGCUAUUGGCUUCAGAGUUCUUAACUUGCUUGUCUGGUGGUACUGAUGUUUAUGUAAAUAUCAGCAUGAAGUAUGUGCCAGAUUGAAUAUACUUUAAUCUGUAUUGAAAUUAUCUAGGCUGAUGUCUUUUCUAAGGAGUAACAUAUUUUUUAAGAAACGAAUAAAUAUAUUUGGGCAUCUUAUCUUGUUGGUGUGUGCUUUUUGAAUGAAUCUUUGCAUUAUGUGUGCCACCCUAAAUAAAGUUGGUUUCAAGUAUCAA